AUGGCCAAACCAUCGGUCAAGGCCGGACCCCCCCUCGACAAGCUGAAAGUCAAUCCAGAUGAUAGGAUCAGCAAGUUGCCCAAUGACAUCCUGCUCAACAUUCUUGACCGUCUCGAUUUCCGUGACGUUACAAGAACCAGUGUCCUCUCCAGACGUUGGAGUCAGCUUCCUGCCAACCUCUCACGGCUUAAAAUAAGUGCUCUCAGUUUCAUGCCCUCACAAACUAGCAUACCUGAUGAUGAAUUGGGUGGAACAUUGCUUCGGAUCAAUGCAGUUAACGCAGCCAAUGCAGCCGUGGUCAAAGCAACAAAGAGUAUGCUGGCACACAGGGAUCCAGGUGGAUGCACCAUCCGCCUCUUGAGCACCAUGUUCUACUUGUCAGGUGAUGCCCCCAUAUCCAUUGGGCAUACUGUUGGCAAUGCCAUGGCGACACACAGGGUUGAGAAAGCUGAACUCGUAGUUCUGACAGAGAAGAAUGGACAGAUGUGCAGUAUUGAUGAUCUGGCGAACUAUGGGACACGGUUUGUGUCAUUAUUUAAUGAAUGCCACAAUGCAUUUGCUGGUCUCACACGCCUCUACCUGGAGAAUUUGAGUUUCCGUGAAUCUGACUUUGUCUCCAACAUCCUUGUCACUUGCAAGCAAUUGAGUUAUUUAGGUUUUUUCAAUUGUGACACAGAGGAUUGGAUAACGCUCCAAGUUGAACACGCACAGCUCAGUGACCUCAGUAUUGUCGAUUGCUGUUUUGACAUGGUCGAACUCACUUGGGUUCCGAAACUCACAUGGCUGGCGUUUGAGAUGCUGGGAUCUCCAGAAGAACCACCACUGGUGCUGGGCUAUGUCCCAUUGCUUGGGGUUCUGAGACUUUCAACUAUUGCUUGCAAAAUGGUCAAGUUGAGUUCAUUUCUUCAUGAGACCUCUGUUCGAGACCUGACGUUGGGGUUUAAAUGCGAAAAGAUUUGGGUUCAACCAGAGAGUUUGACCAGAAGGCAGGCACAUGUGUUCCAGCAACUAAGGAUUCUCAAUCUAGUUAAAAUUCCUGAAGGGUAUGAUCUCACCUGGACAAUGUUCUUCUUGGAAGCGGCGCCGUCCCUGGAGGAGCUCUACAUGAUGGUAAUGGAUCAUCCUUGUGACAUGCAAAUGGAUCAGGAGAAGAGGAAGGCGAAGUCGUACAGCGAGCACAAGGGUGUUGAGUGA